CCAUUGGCUUCUGCUGGCCCCGAUGGGUGGGGAAACUUGGGGAGUUCUGGAGCCUCAGUGUCGCCGAAAGCUGGGUGUCUGGCACGCGCGGGAGCGCCUACUCGCUUACCACGCCUCGUUCAUCUCAGAAGAAAAAAAAUGGAAGGCCUGCCUGAUGCUACUGCUUUUGCCACUAGACUUAAGAACACUCUCAUACAGUAUCAUAGCAUUGAAGAUGAUAAGUGGCGAGUUGCCAAGAAAACGAAAGAUGUAACAAUUUGGAGAAAACCUUCAGAAGAAUUUAAUGGAUACCUUUUCAAAGCCCAAGGUGUUAUAGAAGACAGCGUCAAUAGUGUCAUAGACCAUAUACGCCCAGGUCCCUGUCGUUUGGAUUGGGAUAGCUUAAUGACUUCAAUGGAUAUUUUGGAACACUUUGAGGAGAAUUGCUGUGUGAUGCGUUACACUACUGCUGGUCAGCUUUGGAAUAUAAUUUCCCCAAGAGAGUUUGUUGAUUUCUCCUACACUGUGGGUUAUGAAGAAGGGCUUUUGUCCUGUGGGCUAAGUGUUGACUGGAAUGAAAAGAGACCAGAAUUUAUUCGUGGCUAUAACCAUCCCUGUGGUUGGUUUUGUGUUCCGCUUAAAGACAGUCCACACCAGAGUCUUUUGACAGGCUACAUUCAGACGGAUCUGCGCGGGAUGAUUCCUCAGUCUGCGGUAGAUACAGCCAUGGCCAGCACUUUAAUCAACUUCUAUGGUGAUUUACAAAAAGCCCUACAAAAGGCAUAAUACGUUUAAACUUGUAGUACGAUAGUCCCCCCGAAUCAACUUUUUCUCUCAGCUUCAUGGCCUGUGAAAACCAUCCUUUCCUUUCUUCUAUGUAGCCUGUAGGAAAAUUUGGUAUUAUUUGCUGGCUUAUUUUAUUCCUAAAGUAAAUAGUUACCGAAGAGGGGGCAUUUCCAUUUUGUUAGGCGGUGCUUUGCAAGGUGUUUGAUACAGCAGUGUGUCUAAGCAGGGAGAGUCUUACAGACGUCCAUGAGGAAGUAGUAUACUUCUUUGACCUGAACUCUUAAGAAACUGAAUAUUGCCUCAGUAUGAAUAUUUUGGCUACUUGGAAAUUAGAGAAAGCACAAACUUUAUGCUGUUAGUUAAAAAUCAUCUGUUUUAGAGAUUUAAGAAUAUUUUCUAAGUUUUAACUAUUUUUUGGAAGUUAUAUAUUAAUGCUUUACUUUUGGUAUGCUCUGUGAGUUUGCCAAUAUCUUGGACUGAAAAAAGGUUCUUUAUAUUUUAUAAAGGUGAGCUUCAUUGUCAGGUGACUUGUACUACUUUAAGUAUUAAAAAAAGAAGAAAAAGAAUAGAUACAGUAAGAAUAGAUACAAUUCAAAUACAAUUGUUUUGAUACCUAGACAACAUUAUUUUGUGGAUAUCUUUAAAAAUGUAUUUGUGUCUUUCUGUGCAUUUAUUUUGGAAGGUCUAAAAAGCAUUUAUGCAUGAAUAAAAUGUACAAAAAACCUAUGUGCUGGGGACACCACAGUGAUUGGAUUGUGUGAACUGGCUGGUGGUAUCCUAUAUUCAACAGCAAAUUGUCUAGAAAGCAAAUUCAGUGAGAGUUUUAUUCACGUUUCAUUUUGUUGUUUGUUUUUUUCUUAAGAUAAGCCCUCGAGAAAUAGCUUUUAAUUCUGUGAAGUAUCAGAUAUUCUGUAGGAAAAUAAUCACAUUUUCAGUCUUAUUUGAUCCAUGUUCACGUUUCAGUUUUAAAGAAUCACUCACCUCAUAAAGUAUUUCUAACUACAUCAUAAACAUUCACAGUUGUGACAUAACUUCAGUCUGGAACUUUAACAAAUACAUUCAUAGAUUUUUCCACAUGCCUGGAUGAGUCAUUUUAGACCUAGCAUGCACUACAUUAGGUCCCUUGCUUCUGUGGCGGCCUUAAAUGAACGUUCCUGAAUGAUUUUAACAUUUCAGAUGAUUCUUUGGCUUUUGAAUAAUCACCUGAUUUACUUCUUAAAUGAGACCUUGAGGCAACUCAGUAUAUCCAUGCAAAUGUUUGUAUUUAUAUUUGUGUUUGGGCACAUGUCUUGAAAUCUAUCUUCCUGUUCAGUGUGAAUUCUUUAUGUGGUACUAACUGUAACCAUUGUUUUGUUUCUUCUUCUUCUUCUUCUUCUUCAUUAAUAUAAGGUUUUUUUUUAAUAUUCUAGUAUUUUGUUUUGGUGAAAUGCCAAUGGAUGUCCAAUUAUAGGGUGCCCAGACUGUGUGAGGCAUUUGCGGUAAGAUUGCCUGAGCUGGGUACCCCUAAAGCAAAUAAAUUGUCCCCUCAGUGACUCUAACAUUCUCUCUUUUUCAACUUAUACCUCAAUUAGUGAUCACAUAAUCUACUGUUGAAUUAGAUCCAUUGCACUUAAAAGGACCCUCAUGGGGGCACCUGGGUGGCUCAGUGGGUUAAGCCUCUGCCUUUGGUUCGGGUCAUGGUCGCAGGGUCCUGGGAUUGAGCCCCACAUCGGGCUCUCUGCUCAGCAGGGAGCCUGCUUCCCUGACCCCGACCUCUCUCUGCCUGCCUCUUUGCCUACUUGCAAUCUCUCUCUCUCUCUCUCUCUCUCUGUCAAAUAAAUAAGAUCUUUUAAAAAAAAAAAAAAAAAGGACCCUCAUGGAAAAAAUCUGUUGCAAUAUUGAGUUGUAUGAUAGAUUGAAAAUAAUAUUUGAAUCACCAGAAAUUUAUAUGCAGUUUCUAGAUUGCACUUUAGAUCUGCUGGGCUCUAGUUGGCACUUUUUUUUUUU